AAAAUAGUUGCGGUGUUGUCCGAAUGUUUAUCAUUUAGUAAUGAAAUGCACACGGGAUUUCAUUGUGUAUUGUGACUUUAAUAUAAACAUUCAUUAUGUUUUAUUAAAAAGAAUUUUAGUCACUUGAGAGAAAUGACAACCUUUAAGUGCAAAAUGCUGUGUAUAACCUGUUAUAGUUUGACAGUACUUUGACGUUCUAACCAAAACAAACCCUAAAGUAAAUAAACAAUAUUUUGUGUUUUUUCCCCAAAGAAACACCGUUUUUAUUGCAACAAUUAUAUUUACUGUAAUCCCUUAAUCAUUUCUUCCCUAAUACACCUCAUACUUCAACUAAUAAACAAUUGCAUAAAAAACUAACCUCACAUUUCAGCCUAACAUUAAAGUUCCCCCCAUAAUAGGUAUUUCAUUUUAAAAAUGAAUUAAUUAACAAUGGACCAAAGUGAAUCUCUAACAACAGACUGCAACAUGACCGUAUCAAGUGAAAUCGAUAACAUAAUCCGAACAUUAGUGGCGAACCCCGAUGUGAUCUUUAAAAGCCAACAAAGGGGCGAAGCAGAGCCUAACGACUUGGAAAAAACCGAAAUAGCUCAGCAGUUAUUUGAUAAAAACAAGACCAGCUUCCUUAUUAAGUUCGGCAAGUAUUUGGAUAUGAAUCAGUUGGGGUUUUUCGAUAAGUUUAUGGAAGGACAAUUUGAUCCCGAGGGUGCGGAAGAAGUGAGAAUUAUUUUAAACAGCUUGAAGGCAGAUUCGGUUAGGAAUAAGAGGAAUGUUUUGGUGAAAAAUAGAAGGUAUGAAGCCUUACAACAAAUGAUAAAAGACGAUUCAUACUUCUCGGAAAUUGAAAUGAUGAAGAGGAACCCUUUGUUAUAUGAGCAACUUGUGGGUCAAUACUUGACCGAUGAGGAAAAGCGGGAUAGGGAUAAAUAUGAAAUGAUCGAAGGGGUCACUUUUGUUAAAAUCUUAAUGGAAGGCAUCGAAAGAGAUAAGGCAGAACUAUCCAGAAAACUGCAACAACAAAAAGAGGACAGCCAGAUGGAAGAGAGUGACUCCUCAGACGAGGACAGACCUGUAGAAGAAAUUUCUGUAUCGUUAAAAAGUGCCAGACCGUCCACUUCCCGAUGGGGGGAGUUCGAAGAAGAGUCUAUUCAAGCCACAAGGAGUAAAAAGUCUGCCCCAAUGGUAACGGGGUCUGAAAGGUUACUGUUGAAGCAAGAAUUCGUUAGUACCAUGUAUCAGAAUUUCAUAGAUGGCAAGGAUAAUGAUUUUUUUGAUUAUAAUACUGUCGACAAUAAUCCCAGUUACGAUAACAUUUCCGAAAUGGACCUCGAUGCCGAAGAGAAGUACUUCGACAGUGAAGACCCUGAGGAUGUAAUUAACCGUGGCGAAACAAGGGAAAGUAGCGAGGAUGAGCUGGACAUUUAUAUGAACGCCUUAAAUCAACACCCCGCGAUAUGUGAGCUUGCCGAAAACAUCAAUGAACGUUUGUAAAAGUUGCAUUUUUUUAAUAUAUAAGUUAUAAAAGG